GCUUCUCCUUUCGAUAGUGUGGACAAUAAUGCUGCGAUUAAGGAGCUUGUUCGAUUUCCGCCGUAUGGACCAUUCUAUGGAAUUAUGGGCGUGGCUGCUGCCAUGGUAUUAUCCUCGUUUGGUGCUGCUUAUGGAACAGCAAUCUCCGGAACCGGAAUUGCGGCCACGGCAGUUAUGCGGCCCGAACUGAUCAUGAAGUCUAUUAUACCCAUUGUGAUGGCGGGAAUUAUCGCAAUCUAUGGUUUGGUCGUGUCAGUGCUAAUCGCCGGACAACUGGAUUCUGCAAAAACUUAUCCGAUAGCCAAGGGAUAUGUACAUCUGGCAGCAGGAUUAUCAGUGGGCAUGUGCGGACUGGCCUCGGGUUAUGCCAUUGGCGUUGUGGGCGAUGUGGGCGUUCGUAAUACGGCUCUGCAGCCACGUCUGUUUAUCGGGAUGAUUCUCAUUCUGAUAUUCGCAGAAGUUCUGGGUCUAUAUGGCAUGAUUGUGGCAAUUUAUCUGUAUACCAAAGACAUAAGUUAAUUAAAAAAAAGCGGGUAUAUUCGAUGUAAGACGUCAAAUAAAUCGCCAAAAGCUUUAA